GAGGCUAGAAUGUUUUCAACUGCCAAGCUGAGCCUAAUCUACAUGCUGCUUGUCUUUUUAAGUGGUGGGGGCUUGGCCAUCAGCUCAGUAGACCCCGACAGGUCAGGCGAGGGGACAUGUCAACACAUCAACAUCCCCCUGUGUAAAGACAUUGGCUACAAUAUGACUCGCAUGCCCAAUCUGAUGGGCCAUGAGGACCAGAAGGAGGCCGCCAUUAAGCUGCACGAGUUUGCCCCGUUGAUAGAGUUUGGAUGCCACAGUCAUCUUAAAUUUUUUCUGUGUUCGCUGUAUGCUCCCAUGUGCACGGAGCAGGUGUCCACCCCCAUUCCAGCCUGCAGAGUGAUCUGUGAGCAGGUCAAGCUCAAGUGCUCCCCUAUCUUGGAACAGUUCAACUUCCCCUGGCCAGAUUCCCUGGACUGCUCCAGACUACCAACCAAAAAUGACCCUAACAACCUCUGCAUGGAGGCCCCGAACAAUGGCUCAGAUGAGCCUCCCAAAGUCUCCCACACCCAGCCUCCCGAUUUCAGGCUACAGCGUCCCCUCGGCGGACAGGACCUGCAGCUCAGGGACAGCAGCAGCAAGGGGACAUGCAGCAACCCGGGCAAGUUCCACUUUGUGGAGAAGAGUGAGUCUUGUGCCCCCAAAUGCUACCCCAAAGUGGAUGUCUACUGGAGCCAGGGAGACAAGCAGUUUUCUCUGGUGUGGAUGGCCAUCUGGUCCAUCCUGUGCUUCGUCUCAAGCGCCUUCACCGUGCUCACGUUCCUCAUUGAUCCGCAGCGCUUCAAGUACCCGGAGAGGCCCAUCAUCUUCCUCUCCAUGUCCUACUGUGUUUAUUCUGUGGGCUACCUCAUCCGGCUCUUUGUGGGAGCUGACAGAAUUGCCUGUGACAGAGACAGUGGGGUUCAGUACAUCAUCCAGGAGGGUCUGGAGAGCACAGGCUGCACCAUUGUGUUCCUCAUUCUGUACUACUUUGGCAUGGCCAGCUCCCUCUGGUGGGUCAUUCUGACCCUCACAUGGUUCCUAGCUGCAGGGAAGAAGUGGGGCCAUGAGGCCAUCGAGGCCAACAGCAGCUACUUCCACCUGGCAGCCUGGGCCAUCCCCGCUGUGAAGACCAUCAUGAUCCUUGUUAUGAGGAAGGUGGCGGGAGACGAGCUGACGGGUGUCUGCUAUGUGGGCAGCAUGGACGUCAAAGCUCUCACGGGCUUUGUGCUCAUCCCUCUCUCCUGCUACCUCAUCAUCGGUACAUCUUUCCUACUCUCGGGCUUCGUGGCCCUCUUCCACAUCCGUAAAAUCAUGAAGACUGAGGGGGAGAACACAGACAAGCUCGAGAAGCUGAUGGUCCGCAUCGGGGUCUUCUCUGUCCUCUACACUGUCCCAGCCACCUGCGUCAUCGCUUGCUAUUUCUAUGAGCGGCUCAACAUGGACUACUGGAGGAUCCUGGCAGGGGAGCAGAAGUGUGUAGACGGCAGCGGGCCGGAGCCGGAGGAGUGUGUUAUGAAGAGCUCUAUCCCCGCCGUUGAGAUCUUUAUGGUGAAGAUCUUCAUGCUGCUGGUGGUGGGCAUCACCAGCGGCAUGUGGAUCUGGACCUCAAAGACGCUGCAGUCGUGGCAGAAUGUCUUCAGCAGGAAGCUGAAGAAGAGGACGAGGAGGAAGGCCGCCAGUGUGUUCACCAGCAGCGGGCCUUACAUGAAACCUCACCCAUCCUUCAAAGGGCACAGUACAAAGUAUGAGCCUACACGGCCUCCUCCCACAUGUGUGUGA